GCAUCUUUGCUUACCUGAACUACCAUGUUCCCCGGACAAGACGGGAGAUCCUGGAGACCCUUAUCAAAGGGCUCCAGCGGCUGGAGUACAGGGGCUAUGAUUCUGCAGGUGUGGGAUUCGAUGGCGGAAAUGACAAAGACUGGGAAGCCAACGCCUGCAAGAUCCAGCUUAUCAAACAGAAGGGGAAAGUGAAGGCUCUGGACGAAGAGGUUCACAAGCAACAGGACAUGGACCUCGACAUCGAGUUCGAUGUGCACCUCGGAAUCGCCCACACGCGCUGGGCUACCCACGGCGAGCCCAGUCCCAUCAACAGCCACCCGCAGCGCUCGGACAAGAACAACGAGUUCAUCGUCAUCCACAACGGCAUCAUCACCAACUACAAGGACCUGCGCAAGUUCCUGGAGAGCAAAGGCUACGACUUCGAGUCGGAGACGGACACGGAGAGCAUCGCCAAACUGGUCAAGUACAUGUACGACAACCGGGACAGCGACGACAUCAGCUUCACCACGCUGGUGGAGAGAGUCAUCCAGCAGCUGGAAGGUGCUUUCGCCCUUGUGUUCAAAAGUGUUCAUUAUCCUGGUCAGGCCGUCGGUACCAGGCGAGGCAGCCCCCUGCUCAUCGGAGUGCGCAGUGAGCACAAGCUCUCCACCGACCACAUCCCGAUACUCUACCGGACGGGUAAAGACAAGAAGGGAAGUUGCAACCUGUCCCGCGUUGACAGUACCACCUGCCUCUUCCCUGUGGAGGAGAAAGCUGUGGAGUACUACUUCGCUUCGGAUGCUAGUGCUGUCAUUGAGCAUACCAACAGAGUGAUUUUCCUUGAAGAUGAUGAUGUAGCGGCUGUGGUCGACGGUCGUCUUUCCAUCCACCGGAUUAAGCGCACGGCAGGCGAUCACCCCGGACGCGCCGUCCAAACCCUGCAGAUGGAACUUCAGCAAAUCAUGAAGGGUAACUUCAGUUCAUUUAUGCAGAAGGAAAUUUUUGAACAGCCAGAAUCUGUCGUUAAUACGAUGAGAGGAAGGGUCAACUUUGAUGACUACACUGUCAAUCUCGGUGGGUUGAAGGAUCACAUCAAGGAGAUUCAGAGGUGCCGUCGUUUGAUCCUUAUCGCUUGUGGGACAAGUUACCACGCGGGCGUUGCGACCCGUCAGGUUCUGGAAGAACUGACCGAAUUACCCGUUAUGGUUGAACUUGCCAGUGACUUCUUGGACAGAAACACCCCUGUCUUCAGAGAUGAUGUUUGCUUUUUCCUCAGCCAGUCAGGUGAGACAGCAGAUACACUGAUGGGUCUUCGGUACUGCAAGGAGAGAGGAGCCUUAACUGUUGGCAUAACCAACACGGUCGGCAGCUCCAUAUCGCGAGAGACCGACUGCGGAGUCCACAUCAACGCGGGACCAGAGAUCGGCGUUGCCAGUACCAAGGCCUACACCAGCCAGUUUGUCUCUUUGGUGAUGUUUGCUCUGAUGAUGUGUGAUGACAGAAUUUCCAUGCAGGAAAGGCGCAAGGAGAUCAUGCGCGGGCUAAAGGGACUGCCAGACUUAAUUAAAGAAGUGCUGAGUAUGGACGAUGAGAUCCAGAAGCUAGCCACCGAGCUCUACCAUCAGAAGUCUGUUCUCAUCAUGGGACGUGGCUACCAUUAUGCCACAUGCCUCGAGGGAGCUUUGAAAAUUAAAGAAAUUACCUACAUGCACUCUGAGGGGAUAUUGGCAGGUGAGCUGAAGCACGGCCCUCUCGCGCUGGUGGACAAACUCAUGCCCGUUAUCAUGAUCAUCAUGAGAGACCACACGUAUGCCAAGUGCCAGAACGCUCUCCAGCAGGUCAUUGCGCGGCAGGGGCGACCUGUUGUGAUUUGUGAUAAGGAAGACAUCGAGACAAUUAAGAACAAUAAAAGAACAAUCAAAGUUCCCCAUUCCGUGGACUGUCUGCAGGGGAUCCUGAGCGUUAUUCCCCUCCAGCUUCUGGCUUUCCACCUUGCAGUUCUCCGAGGAUACGAUGUUGAUUUUCCAAGAAAUCUGGCCAAGUCCGUAACUGUAGAGUGAAAGAUCAUCUGAAUCAUAGGGGCAAAGGGGAAUUAAAUGAAAGACUUUUUUUGGUACCAAAAUAACUUGAUUUUAAAGUCCCCUAGGUAAAUCUUAUUUUGGUAAAUCAUUGUUUGUGUAUAAGAUCACCGUAAUUCCAUUACAUUAGUGAUUGUCAAACUGAUUCCACAUGCUAUGUCGAUAGCUUUGGGGUUUUUUGGACAGUAGCCUUCCAUGAAAGAUGUUAAAUGGUUUUCUUUAAAGAUUACUGAGUCUUCUAGGUAAGGGGCCCUCCACUUUACUUCCAGAUAAUGUUAUUGUUUCUUACCCAGUGCGGCUCAUUCCAACUGCUGAUGAGAAACCAUUGAAUGAAUUAUCUGGCGUGCUCUCAGGCAGUGAAGCAGGAUACCAGGAUAUACAACUGGAACAGGAGCUGUUUCUGGUCAUGCUUGUGCAGAUAUUUUAGCAGUGAAUGAAACUGAAAACAAGCGUUUGGGGUAACUUUCUGCCUCGUGUACAAAAGAGUUAAACUGGCCUGUCACAACCUCCUAAAUUUUAGGCACGUGGUAAACGUGCUAAGAAAAUAUAGUUGCUUCAGAAGGGUUUUCUCUAUGCCAGAUACCUAGCAAGUGACGAUCUGUUAGCCUCGGUGGGCCCCAGCGUGCUGUCGCACCAGCACAGGCCUGUGCUGUGCCCACCGAGGUGGGGAACUCGUGCCUGGCGGGCGUGGGACGGGCCCUCACCGAAGGUGGGGCAGGAGAGGGGUAGGAGCAGCGCUCGGGUCCCGCUGGGCCUUUGUUACUGCUGCGCUUUGGUUCUUUACACAAGGAGAAGUCUUCCUGUGUUGAGGGUUUUUCCCCUUGGAACUGAGCACUGGCACGACAAACACAUCCCGAGGAACCAGCUUUGUGCUGCCGCAGUCACGAGUCUGCGUAGGAGUUUCUACCUUGUAUCUCCCUGGCACAGAGAUGGCACAAAAGGUCCCUGUCGGAGGCUUACAACGUUGGCCAAAGUCCCGUAACGAAAGCACGGGUUCUGGUUUGUUUAGGAGCAGUUUGCAUGUGACUUGUAUCAAAUUCAGCUGGUUUAAAAUUGGAGGGGAUAAAAGAGGCUCGACAGACAAGACAGAAAUAUAUCCCUUGGUAAAUAGCUUUAUAACAAGCAUGCAGAGAAUCAGAAAUGACUCGGAGAAACACGCCUUCAAGACCUAACACUGACUUUUUCAGUCAUUCGAGGGCAGUUAAGCCACUUGGUUCCUAAUGCAAGAAGGUCGGUUUCCUGCCAGCUUGGUGGGUUUUGAAGUAGCUUUACACGCGCUCUGCAAGGCGCAAAGCAAGGCAGGGGCUACCCCACCCUCGCUGCCCCCCGGGCGCUGCUCUCACAAGUGCAACACUUGGGGACUGGCCACCACCCUCCAACAGUGAGUUCUCCUCGCACGGGAUGCCGUUGCUAAGGAGCAGGGAUCCAGGCGCUCGCACCAGGGCAGCUGAGUGCUCAGGCCGAGGCGUUUCCAGAGACCCCGUGUGUAGCAAUUCCCCUUUAGAUAAACCCCAGCAAGAAUUUAACUUCAGUUCAGUAUCAGCUCGAGGCUUAGUUUUGUUACGGGAAUGAAAUGCUGCGUGCCUGGAAGCAGCUUCUCAAACCCAAUGUAUGUAUGGUUAUUAACACGUGGGUUUCGUUCCGUUAAUUGAUGAAUGCAUUGUGCUGCCAGUGUCUGUUUAAGAACAAAGUAGUAAAUACUGCAUCUUAUUUAGACGGCACUUCUUAGGAGGCACUGACGCCUCCAGUUCUGUGCCUCUGCCUAAACAUGACCAGUAGGCUUCCCUGCUUCAUCUGCCGCCGAUACUCAUCCUUAAGGAAAAACAACAUGUGUUCAGUGCUGGCAGCUUGAGGGUAGUUCUUCCUCCUCCUCCUCCUCCUCCUCCUCCCGCUCAGCUUCCCUAGAGAAGCGAAGCUGUGCAAACCUCUCCCGCGGAGGGCUGGAACCAGGGCAGGGUUCCCCCCCGGAUCCCUCCCAGCACAAUGACCCAGGGACUUGCAGUAUCACAUCCCGGGUUCUCGUUAGUGUGGGAUCUCACAGGAAAGAACCCUGCAAGAGAAUUUAUUCCGAGAUCUUUUCCUCCUAGUCUGCCCAGAAGAAAAGCAGCAAGCAUUGCUUUUGUCUCCCCUCCCACAGGUGAUUGUCCGCUAGCUUACCGAGUCUCCUAGCAAACGGGAUGUAGACAUCCCCGUUAAAGUACAAGUUGCUCUUCAGUAAAAGUCCGAUAACGCAGGCUGUUAAAUAUUUAUGAAGUAAGUUGUAUACAAAGAGGACCAAAGAACAGGAGUCUAAGUGAGAAAUGUUAAGUCUGACACUCCGAUGUCGGGUGUAACUGUACAGAUAUCGCUGAGCUGUUUGGUUUUCUGCUGUGAUAGACAAAUCCUUAUGUGUAAUUUAAGGCAUUAAAACUCACGACAGAUUCUUCCUUGUCAGAGGCAAAGGUAGUUUUCACCCCCUGCAUUCUGCCAGUUGCCAGCAAACUGCCUGAAGUGUGUAAAACUCUGCCUGCCACAACGGAGGUGUAGUCGCUGCUUGCAGCUUAGGCUGUCGGAUGUUGUAAUGCUCGAUAUCAAAGAAUGCUGUGGAGCACUCUUGCUAUGAAGAAUUUCUCUGAUGAGCAUGGUAGGGAAUCUGUUAAGCAUCUCGUUGUUGUUAAUUGCCAUGCCUGUGUGAAGUGAGAAUGUAUAAAGGACUCUCCUUAGCUUUCCUUACCUCAUUUUGUCUAGAUGUGUUGCAUUUUGAUGAACAGAUGACGUUUUCUCUUUUCCUUAGAAAACUCUUAGAAUGUCUUGUGAUAUUUAUUAACAGCCAGUCAGUCUUCUGCUCUCCAGAAUGAAUGUUUUGCUUACUGAGCCAGUAAAAUUCCCUCCUUCCUAAUUGAGGUGUUUAAAAAUUCGGUAGCCCUGUCACUAAAAUUGAGCCACAGGUAAAUACAGAUAAAGGCCUUUGCCAUUUGGAAUAGCAGCUGCCUAUUACUGGGUGGUUUCGUCAGAAUUAAUUUUGAUUUAACUGUUUGAAGAGGCUUAAAGGGAAGCACAUGCCCAUAGGUUUUAGGAUUUUUUUAACUGCCAGAGAACUUCUGGCUCAGCACGUGUUGUUUCUGCCCAACAGAUCUCAGACAAAUUCCACACCGCUCCACACACAAUAGCAAAUGAAGUUGUACGUGGAAUACGCUGCUGUCAGAAAGGUUUCCCCCCCCUCCUAGCUCUACUGAGGAAAGGCUACAGCCAGUUCUUUCCCGAAGUUGUCAGAGGAGUAAGUACUGGCUGCGUGCAUGUUCUUAUAAAGAGCCCAAGGCCGUCUUGGGGUGGCCUUGGCCCCGUAGGGUGCCCCCAUGGCAUGGACAACGCUGUCUCCUCUUCGGCGUGGUCGCACUGAGCUGAGGGUGACGGUGUCCCACCCCCCUGUUUGUGAGGGCUCAACCCCUCCGUCCUGGAAGAGCUGACAGCUUCACGCAGCCAGUCAAGGGGGAGGGAGCUCGUGGACGUGACACAACGCAUCGUCGUGCUCAGGAGCCUUAAGUCUAGCCUAGACACACCAGGGUUGGUUAAGCUGCAGGUUGAAAUAUCUAAAGGCAUAAGGAAGACCAACACUUCAGUGCAGAAUGAGGCAUUUCUCCUCUCCAGCCCUCGCUAGCGGUCCUUGGCACCACAAGUAGGUGCCUGGCAGCAGCGCGACGGGUGGAGGGAGGGAUUGAAAUUCAUCGCUUGAAGUAGCACGUCAGUGUUUAGCUGUGGCUGAUUUUAGAUCCUACCUGAAUGUACCAAACUUGUCUCAAAGCGUGGAGACCCUCCUCUGCAUCAGAAACAGGAAGAAGAAGAAACAAAGAAGUAUUUGGUUUGAAUAAAAGGAAAGAAAACUAUUUGCCUUCAGUUCAGUUUAUGUAAAUAGACACUGGAAGUGGCAAACACCACCACGGCUUCCCUUCUAGAUCAGUUUGCCUCUGCCUGUACAUACCCAGCUGGCUUGGUUUGUGGGGACCAGUCUGUAUCUUGUUUCCUGUUGUGUGCUGUACGCAGAAGAUGUCUUUCUUUUGUCUGUAGUGUUUUACAAUUUGGGUUUUGUCUUUUUGCUUACUUUUUUGUAUCUCACCCUUUGAAUAAAAUCAAGUGCCCUACGUUAAA